AUGGAUGGUGGUGAUAUGGAUGGUGCCAUCGUCGACGACGACGAUGAUGAUGAUGAGGAGGAUAUUAGGUCUUCCCUCGACCAAAUGUCCAUAGAUGAGAUCACCCGCACCAUCUACAAGGUCGAGGUCAAGUGCUCUCACAACACAACACCAGCAACAAAGCUACACUACAAACACCGCAACACCACCACUAACAAUAACGCAACACCACCAACAACGCGAUUCAACAAACAACAACUCAACACCACAAACAAAAACGCAACACUACGAGUGACGCCACGCCACAAACAACUCCGCACCAUCAACAACAACGCCACACGGCCAACAACAACGCAGCACCACCAACACCAACGCAGCACCGCCAACAACAACGCCACACCUCCAACAACAACGCAUCACUACAAACAACAACGCAUCACUACCAACAACAACGCAGCACCGCCAACAACAACGCGACACCACCAACAACAACGCAGCACCGCCAACAACAACGCGAAACCUCCAACAACAACAACGCAGCACUACCAACAACAACAACGCAGCACCACCAACAAGAACGCAGCACCACCAACAAGAACGCAGCACCACCAACAUCAACGCCACACCACCAACAAUAGCGCCACACCUCCAACAACAACGCCACACCACCAACAUCAACGCCACACCACCAACAAUAGCGCCACACCUCCAACAACAACGCAACACCACCAACAAUAG